AUGCAUCUCAAGAAAAAUCGCUCGGGAACAUCCGUGGAAAGUGAACAACCCCGGCAAGCUUCGGCACGUGAAUUUACCAAGCCGUUGUUAAGUGUUCGAACCAGUGCUGCAUCGACGUUCGAAAUUAUUGCUGAAUGUUCCACGAGUCGUGCUCGACGUUGCGAAAUUUGGCUGCCUCAUUGUCCUGCUGGAUCUGUGGAGACGCCUGUUUUUAUGCCAGUGGGUACCCAAGGUUCAGUGAAAGGAAUCACCGUGGAACAAUUGGAAGCUCUCGAUUGCCGCAUACUUCUCGGCAACACUUAUCAUUUGGGUCAUCGACCUGGCCCUGAUCUUCUCACGAAAUUAAACCUUCGUCAAGCUCGUUACGAGUCUGAUUUUCGCCCGAUCGAUGAAGACUGCAGUUGUCCAUACUGCACUCGGCGCAUAUCGCGUGCUUUCAUUCACGCCUCUCUAUCUGGGCGCCAAACGAAUGCUUCCUCGAUUGUCAGCUUGCACAACUUGACCUACAUGCUCACUUUGAUGAAAGGGAUCCGCGAGGCUAUUUCCUCCGAUUCCUUUCCUCGAUUUGUGCGCCAUUUCUUUGAACGGCGAUGCUACCUAAAAAAUGCAGAUCAAACUCGGUCAGAAUAUGACGGAUUUCGGCCUCCCUCUUGGGCUGUGGAUGCUUUGGCUCAGGUCGGAAUCGACAUCUCUGAUAUCGGUCUCGAAACGGAUGAAUCCUUUUGCCAGGAAGAAGUACAGCCUAAGAAGGCGAAGUAA